AUGAUGGCACCACCGCCAAGAUUAUCGUUCGGCCAAGGCAACCACAGCUUCAACUUCGACAAAAUCUGGGGUCCGGUCACGAGCCAAACAGAAGUCUACGAUUACGCCGCGAGGCCUGUGGUGGAAGAUCUCUUCAAGGGAUUCAAUGGCACCAUUUUUGUGUACGGGCAGACCGGCAGCGGCAAAACGCACACGAUGCAGGGUCCAGACAUCCACGAUCAGCAGAUGAAGGGCAUCAUUCCUCGCAUGAUCGAAACGAUCUUCACCUUUGUCGAAGAGGCCAGCGAAACCAUGGAGUUCCUCGUGAAGGUUUCCUACAUUGAGAUCUACAUGGAAAAGAUUCGUGAUCUCAUGGCGCCGGACAAGGCGGACCUCAAGAUCAGGGAGAACAAGGACAAGAGCGUCUACAUCGAGGGCGUGACCGAGGAGUACGUCACUUGCGCCGACGACGUCAUUCGUGUGAUGGACACCGGCUCGGCCAACCGCAAGGUCGCCGCCACGAACAUGAACGACGUGAGCAGCCGCUCCCACAGUAUCUUUGUGUGGAAUGUGGAGCAGAAGAACCUUCAGAACGGCACCACGAUGAGCGGCAAGCUCUACCUGGUCGAUCUGGCCGGUUCCGAGAAGGUGGGCAAGACCGGCGCCACCGGCCAAACGCUGGACGAGGCCAAGGGAAUCAACAAGUCGCUGUCGGCCCUCGGCAAUGUGAUCAACGCGCUCACCGACGGCAAGUCCAAGCACGUCCCGUACAGAGACAGUAAGCUCACGCGUCUGCUCCAAGAGUCGCUCGGCGGCAACUCGCGCACGACGCUCAUCAUCAACUGCUCGCCCUCGUCCUACAACGAAGAGGAGACCCUCUCCACCCUGCGCUUCGGCAUCAGAGCGAAGACGAUCAAGAACCAGGCCAAGGUGAACAAGGAGAUGAGCGUGCAGGAGCUCAAGGCCCUCCUGGACAAGGCCAACAAAGAGCUCUCCCGACUCAAGACCUACUGCACCUGCCUCGAGGAGGAGCUGCGCCUCGUCAAGGGCACCAUUUCGCCGGCGGCCAAGGACAAGGCCGGCGCCGGCGGCAUGACGCUGGCCUCGCCGGCGGUGCUGCAGGUCCAGUCGCAGUCGGCCCUCCCGGCCAUGUCGCCCGACACCCGCUCCAAGCUCCCCAACGUGGCCGCCAUCAACGACCGUGUUACGGAGCUGGAGGACAAGCUGAAGCAGGCCGAGGACGAGAAGUCGGAGAUUCUGGAGAAGGUGGACUCGCUCCAGGACGCGCUGCGCGACAGGGACCAGGCGGCGGCCGAGGAGCUGGAGCGGCUGGAGAAGCUCAAGGAGGAGCUCGCCAACGCCAGCGCGACGCAGGAGCAGUACGAGAAGGAGAACCAGAUCAUGGUGGGCAGGAUCGCCGACCUCACCAUCCAGAUGGAGCGACUGCAGUGCGAGCGAUCCGAGAGCCAGGUCGUCAUCGAGUCGCUCUCCGAGCAGAAGGAGACCCUCCAGGCCGAGCUCCAGCGCCUCCAGACCGAGUUCGCCGAACUGCAGGAGGCCCACAAGAAGCUCGCCACCACCUCCAAGAAGGAGGAGGCCCGGCAGAGCAAGAUGGCGGCGCUGGAGGAGAACCAGAAGAAGUACGCCAUGGACUCGGCCGCGCUGCUGCAGUCGCUCGAGUCGAGCGUGUCGCGCCUGCAGGACCUCGAGACCUCGCUCCACACGCCCGACGGCGCCGCCGCCGCCGAGGCCGAGCCGUCGCUCUCGCAGGAGGCCGCCGUUGUCGCCGCCGCCGCGGCCCCGGCGCAGGAGCAGCAGCUGUCGGAGGAGCACGUGAAGAAGCUGGAGCGGUUGGGCGAGCUGGAGAAGAAGCUCGUCGAGUUCGAGACCGGCGCCAAGACCGCACACGCGGAGAAGGAGAAGCUGCACCGCCGCCUCGAGGAGCUCGAGAAGACCGCCGAGGACCGCGCCAAGAAGCUCGAGAUCUACGAAAAGGAGCGCGAGCGCGAGAAGCAGCGCCAGAAGCAGCGCGAAGAGGGCGAGCCCGUCGAGUCGUUCGAAAUGGAAAUGCUGCGCGCCGAGAAGGAGCAGUUCCAGGCCGAGGCGGAGCAGCUGCGGAGGGAGAAGGAGGAGCUGGAGGAGGCGGUGGAGCAGACGAGGCGGGAGUUCGAGAGCAAGGCGCAGGCGCUGGACAGGGAGCGGGAGGAGGAGAAGGCCACCCACAACGAAGAGAAGCGGAAGCAGCUCGAGCAGGAGCUCAACGACCUCCGCCAGAAGACCGCCCAGAAGCUGGCCGAGUUCGACCAGCUCAAGACCUCCCUCCUGCGCGACCUCCAGAACCGAUGCGAAAAGGUGAUCGAUCUGGAGAUGCUGCUCGACGAGGCCCGCGAGCAGUACGAGCAGCUCCUCAAGAACUCCUCCAACAAGUCCCUCCAGAAGCGUAACAUGUUCCUCGAGCGCAACCUGGAGCAGCUGACGCGCGUGCACCAGCAGCUGGUCAACCAGAACAAUGAGCUGCGACUCGAGAAGAAGGUGUCGGAGAAGAAGCUCGCCGCCAGGAACGAGCGCAUCCGCGGCCUCGAGGUUUUGCUCUCCAGCGCGCAGGAGAAGCUGCAGCAGCAGUCAGAGAACCACGGGACGCAGGUGUCCAAGUACAAGCAGCUCGUCGACGAGCUCAAGGCCAAGCUGGACCAAGCCCAAGCGCGAGCGCAGAGCCGAGGCCGCUCGUCGUCGAUCGGAAACGGAAACGGCGGCGCGCGCAUUAUCAAGCCCAUCCGAGGCGGCGGCGGUAGGAAGAAGCCCGACCUCGCCUCGUCGUCGUCGUCGCUGUCCACCACGGCCGCCACCGCCGCCGGCAGCAGCAGCAGCCCCGGCGGCACCUCGCUCCGCCGGUCGUCGUCGUCGCUUGCCUCCGAGUCGCCCUCCUCCGGCAAGCGAUCGUCUACCAAGGAGAAGGCGGCCGCGGCGGCCUCGCUCAAGUCGUCGGACAACUUCGCGCUCCACUCCAACAUCGCCGACGCGGCCUCGUCGUCGUCGCCGUCGUUGUCCGGUGCCGCACCGUCGUCGCCCUACCGACCGCCGCACCAGUCCUCCGAGUGA